GUACACGGUGGUGGUCCGCGGCCUUGACGCCCGCGCGUGCGACGACGGUUCGGCCGAGGCCGCCGUGGAGCGGCUCUGCAGGGACGGCUUCCUGAACCUGUUCGAGCUGUCCUCCUUCGGCCACGCCGAAGUGCGCCGGUACGAGGUCGGGGCGGCGCUGUGGAGCGGCAGCUGGGACCUGGCGGCUCGCCUGCUCCUCUCGGCCAACUGCGGCGAGGCAAACGUUCCGGGUUUUUUUGGUGGUGUUCGCAGUCAGCCCGGACAGCUAUUAGAUUCGAGGUAUGCCCCGAUGACGGCCAGGCCCAACGGUUUCGUCACCGAGAUCAAGACCCUCGAGCAUAAUCUCGACGGCAGCAUCACCGAGAUGAGGCUCGAGCGGGCCAGCAUGAAGGAAACGAUCAAUGUUCUGCAGUCACAGGUGCAACCUGACCCUAUCUUCGCCUACCCUGAGGAUGGAAAGGACUAA